CUGCUCCCUAGCAACCACCUAGUAGUCUUCACCAGCAGUUUUUGCAGUGUGGAUCUGCACUCCUGGGCUUCAGCACACACCAGAGUGGUUCACGUGUUUUCUGAUGUUAUGAGAGAGAGUGGAGAAGGCUGCUCGUGAGGGAAGAGUACCCAGAAGCAACUAGACCUCCGCCCCCAUCCUCCUUGACUGACGUCUCUUGGGACCUUUCUUUCCAGAUCAGAAACUGGCAGACUAAGCUUGGAAUUACCUAUCCCAGAGCAAGAGUCGAUGGAGCUGGGCCACCGAGCAGGAUAGAAAUCAAAUGCGUGCCGAGAGGAAGUGAGAGCAGUUUACUGAAGACAGAGAGAGAGAGUGCAGAUACCGAGUGUCUGGGAGCCUCAGAAGGGAAAGGACAGUACAACCACUUUGCCCAGGGCCCAUCUGAACAGCAAGGAAGACCAGCAGGACACGAACCCCUGGAGAACUGCCCCCAGCCCUUUGGACACCUCCAAGUUCAAGUACCAGGCCCCAGUCUCCCCACAGCCGACCCUGUACCGGGGAGGCAGCCCCCUAAGGCAGGUCCACCUGGAGGAGGUCAGGACUCCACCCCCAUCGAUCAUCAGCAGUGACCGUCUGUCCCCGGGGAUGGACCCCCAGUGUGGGUCCCCGAGGAAGGGAGGCUACAGACCCUCCUCGAGGGAGAGCAGGGCUUCUUUCCGAGAGGGGGCUCAGCUGAACCAGGGGCUGAAGGAAGGCCCCAACACAGGAGCCCAGGGCCAGAGGAGCAGCAUCAUUCCUGACAACAUUCGUCACAAGUUUGGGAGCAACGUGGUGGACGAGCUGGUCUCUGAGGAGCAGGCUCGAAGGGCCAUCGGCGAGGUCUUUGAGGGCCAGAGGAGGGCAAACUCAUGGCCCAGCAGGACCCAGAGUCCCGUGGAAAUCACCUCCAUCUUCUCAGACUACUAUGAUUUGGGCUACAACAUGCGAUCAAACUUGUCUCAAGGGGCCCCCGAGGAGACGAAGAGCCUCAUGAAGGCCUCCUACACCCCAGAGGUGAUUGAGAAAUCAGUGAGGGACAUAGAACACUGGCAUGGCAGGAAGACGGACGAUCUGGGACGGUGGCACCAGAAAAAUGCGAUGAAUAUGAACUUACAGAAAGCACUGGAUGAGAGAUUUGGAGAAAAGAGCAAAAACAAGAGCUCAAAGUAUUAGAUACGACUGGGAAGAGUUGCCCUCCACUCAGAGAAGGCGCUAACAAUAAAGAGAAACACAUCUGAA